AUUGACAAUAUUUCGCAGAGAUAUUUUGCACAAGCAUAAAAUUAUUUUGUAUUUAUUCAUUGAAAAGCUAAGAUAAUUAACUGGUUUUACUAGUAAAUACAUUCAAAAUGCUUACUAAUUAUGAAAAACUGUGUGGCGAAUUAGAGAAACAGGAGUUGGAGGCUACUAAUGGCAUAGCAACACCAUCAACUUAUGCACAACUUUUGGCUAUUUAUCUGUAUCAAAAUGAUUUAUGCAAUGCAAAGUUUCUUUGGAAAAGGAUACCACCAACCAUCACAAGCAGUAAUCCAGAAAUAGUUGCCAUCUGGGCCAUUGGACAGAAACUCUGGAAGAAGGACUUACCCGGCACAUACCAGGCUAUCACAGCAUACACCUGGACAGAGCCUGUUGCCAGCAUUAUCAAGGCUUUAGAGGAUAAGGUCAGAGAAAGGUCGUUUGCCCUGAUCGGCAGCUCAUACAGCUCCAUCUCACUGGAGGCAGUGGCGUCCAUGUCCGGGCUCAGCAAGGAUGCGGUGCUGCACGCCUGCCGGGACCUCAAGUGGGAGCUGGACGCAGAUGGCGUCACUGUGGCUCCCAAGCCCCCAACCACACCGCAGCCGCUACACACUUCCAGCGAAGACCAGCUUUUCAAACUCACCGAAUUUGUCUCUUUCUUAGAGAAUUAAGUAAGUACUUUUAAGUUUGUUAAUUUAAGUACAUAUGUUAUUAUAGAUAGGUAUUUCUAUAAAAUUCAUGACACCUGUAAGCUUGUACCCUUGUGAAAUUGCUUACCAUAAAAGCUAAAGUUAAAAAUAGGUGUAAUAAAUAAUAAAAUACUUC